AUGUCGGGUUUUGGCAGAGAAUGUGCAUGUUAUGGCUGUUCGAAUGCUCAAUAUUCCAAAGAUGGCGGAACGUCGGGGCUGAGUUUGUUCAAGUUUCCACAAAAAAAUCCGCAAAGAGAUCGUUGGUGCAACCUGAUUAAAAGGCAGCACGGAAGAGAUGGUUUUUCAGUCAAUAAUCUGACUUUAAUUUGCGAAGAACAUUUCCGAAAGGAAGACAUUUACAGGCCUCCCGGAGGUACACAAAGCCGUUUGAGAGAAGGAGCAGAACCUUCGAUUUUCCCUUGGAAAUCGAGUGAAGUCAAGCCUCAGCGACGUGUUUUAGUAAGGCAAACAAACAAUCCCGAACCAUCCGUCACGACUGAAUCACUGUCGGUGUCUACAAAGACUGAUGUAAACUUGGAUGAAAUGGAAAUAGAAGAUGCUGCGAAUGUCGUAACUGUUAGUAGUGAAAACUCUAACAUGCAUGUUGUCGAACCCACUGUAGUCGGACCAAUCAAACCUCGUUAUCAAAAAAAAGCAGUUCAAACAGAAAUUGAAAGUGAUUCACCUGAGACUAACUCCACUCAAGAGCACAGUUACUCUUUCUCCUUUGCCAGCAAAAGAGAUACAUUUGGUGAGCAGGAGGACUAUAUCAAAAAAAUAGAAGACAAAUUGGAAAAACAAACUGCUAUCAUUCAUGAUCUUCAGUCUCAAGUAGGUGUUCUGAAAAAACAGCUGGAGGAGUAUGAAAGAAAGAAAUUCAGCAUUGAAAAAUUCAAGGAUGAUGACAGUGCCAUUCUAUUUUAUACGGGGUUCCCUAAUUACAAUGCUUUGGUGGCGGUGUAUGAGUACCUCGAACCAAAAGUUGGAAAGCUACAGUACUGGAAUGGACAGCUUGCUCCUGACACUAAAGCAUACUAA